AUGCCAAGUCAAAGUGAAAAAAGUGAACAUGAUGCUUUACUUGAACUUUGUUCUAAGUUAAAAGAUGAAAAUGAGCAACUCAAGAAUCGAGUUAAACAAUUGGAAAGCCAACUUAUAUGUUUACAAUCAUUGACAAACGUGAAUUCAAAGCCGAUAAAUGUGCAUUCAAAUUUAGAUGUUAAAUCGGAAACCACUUCCAAGUUAAGAAAUAAUAACAAGUUAUCUUUGGAGGAAUACUUACGUUAUGGACGUCAGCUCAUUCUUCCUGGUUUUGGAAUUUCAGGUCAACUCAAACUCAAAAAUAAAGCAAUAUUAAUUGUUGGGGCUGGUGGUUUGGGUGCUCCCGCAGCAAUAUAUCUUGCAGCAGCUGGUGUUGACUAUGAUUCAGUAGAAUCAUCAAAUCUACAACGUCAAAUAAUUCAUAAUGAAUCAAGAACUGGUGUAUCUAAAGCUCAAUCUGCAAAAAUGACCAUCCAAGGCUUGAAUUCACUGUGUGAAUGUGUUGCAUAUGAUCUCCUUUUGGAUAGUUCAAAUGCGCUUGACAUUAUAAAAAAAUAUGAUAUAGUUGUCGACGCGACUGACAAUGCCGCUACUCGCUAUCUUCUCAAUGAUGCGUGUGUUCUCACUGGCAAACCUUUGGUGUCUGGUAGCGCUUUACGUAUGGAUGGACAAUUAGCAGUGUAUAAUUACCGAGGAGGACCUUGCUAUCGAUGCAUAUUCCCAAAGCCUCCACCACCGGAAAAUGUUGUAAACUGUGAUGAUGGUGGAGUUUUGGGUGUUGUGACCGGAGUGAUCGGAUGCCUACAAGCCUUACAAGCAAUAAGGAUCGCUGCUGAUAUGGAUGAUGACGGAAUCUCUCAAAGUCUUUUAAUAUUCUCGGCUAACUCGAACCCUCUUUUUCGAUCCGUUAAAUUAAGAUCCAAAAAAUCUAAUUGUGUGAUAUGUAGUGAUCAUCCAACUAUAACAACAUUGCAAGACUAUGUUCAAUUUUGUGGCAGUGGUGCAUUGGACAAGUCACCCUCAGUGAAAUUACUUGGAGAUGACGAAAGAAUAGACCCAAAGUCUUAUUGUGCUUUAAGAGCCAAAGGCAUCCCACAUGUUCUCGUGGACGUACGUGAGCCUGUUCAAUUUGAUAUUUGUAAUUUAUCCGGCUCACUGAAUAUCCCGUUGAAUGAACUUCCCAAAAAAGUGGACUUAAUUCAACAAUCUUUACCAUCAUCAGUAGCACCAGGUGUGAUUGUAAUAACAUUACUGGGUAACGACUCUCAACUUGCUGUUGAAAUAUUAAAAAAGACCUUACGAGGAGAAAUAAAGGAUGUGGUUGGAGGAUUAUACCUAUGGGCUAAGGAUAUUGAUCAUGAAUUUCCUAUAUACUGA